AUAUUCUAACAUAUUUUCUUUGCCACUGUAACGCAGCAUAAGCAGCCAUUCCAUCCUUGUUCUUCCUCGGCUCCUCCUAGCCUUCCCCGUUUUGAUCUUCUCUCCAUACUUCUCCGACUUAUCAAAAUGGUGACCGUCGAGGAAGUCCGCAAGGCUCAACGCGCUGAGGGUCCGGCCACCGUCUUGGCCAUCGGGACAGCAACUCCUCCCAAUUGUAUUGACCAGAGCACGUACCCCGACUACUACUUUCGUAUCACCAAAAGUGAGCACAAGGCUGAGCUCAAGGAGAAAUUUCAGCGCAUGUGUGACAAAUCUAUGAUCAAGAAGCGUUACAUGUAUUUGACUGAAGAAAUUCUCAAAGAGAAUCCUAGUAUGUGUGAGUACAUGGCACCUUCACUUGAUGCAAGGCAAGACAUGGUGGUAGUUGAAAUUCCCAAGCUUGGAAAAGAUGCAGCCGUCAAGGCCAUUAAGGAAUGGGGUCAGCCCAAGUCCAAAAUCACCCAUUUGGUGUUCUGUACAACUAGUGGUGUGGACAUGCCCGGAGCUGACUACCAGCUCACUAAGCUCUUGGGUCUCCGCCCCUCCGUCAAGCGUCUCAUGAUGUACCAGCAAGGGUGUUUCGCCGGAGGCACGGUGCUCCGGUUGGCUAAGGAUUUGGCUGAGAACAAUCGAGGUGCUCGUGUUCUUGUAGUUUGCUCUGAAAUUACUGCCGUGACUUUCCGAGGACCUAGUGACACCCAUCUCGAUAGUCUUGUGGGCCAAGCCUUGUUCGGUGAUGGUGCUGCGGCCAUUAUUGUUGGGUCCGACCCAUUGCCUGAGGUUGAGAAGCCUUUGUUUGAGUUAGUUUCAGCGGCCCAAACUAUCCUCCCCGAUAGUGACGGGGCCAUCGACGGGCAUCUUCGUGAAGUGGGGCUCACAUUUCACCUCCUCAAAGAUGUUCCCGGCCUUAUUUCGAAGAACAUCGAGAAGAGUCUCAAUGAGGCCUUCAAACCUUUGAACAUCACUGACUGGAACUCUCUAUUCUGGAUUGCACACCCGGGUGGCCCAGCAAUUUUGGACCAAGUAGAGUCUAAACUGGCCCUGAAACCUGAGAAAUUAGAAGCCACAAGACAUAUCUUAUCCGAGUAUGGCAACAUGUCUAGUGCUUGUGUGUUGUUUAUUUUGGACGAAGUGAGGAGGAGGUCUGCGACUAAUGGGCACAAGACAACCGGUGAGGGCCUGGAGUGGGGUGUUCUAUUUGGGUUUGGGCCAGGGCUAACCGUUGAGACUGUUGUGCUUCACAGUGUGGCUGCUUGAACUUGAAGGUAUUUGGGUGAGUCAUCUGCUCCUGGAUUUUGUUCCAAUAUAUGUAUUGUUUCCACUCUUCGUCUGGGUAGUUUUCCUUUUUGGAUUUAUUUUUCUGGUGUUCUUCAUUUGGGCAUUCUGAGUUAAACUCAGAUGCUACCACUGCGUUUGGUUUCAUGUUGCUAAUUUACUAGAUUGAUGAAGAAAACAAAAGGGCCAAUCGCAUGUAGCAAUAUAACGAUGAAUAAUAUGAUUCCAAUAUUUCAAAUA